UGCCGUAUUAGGCAACAUCAUCAACAAGGGCCUUGCUGUUAUCUUCACUGCCCACCCGCCUAUCGAUAAUUCUCCUCAUCCUUCUCAGCGUACAUCUCGUCAGCCGGCUGCUCAUUCUUCAGCUCUGUUGUUCCUAAAAUACGUUUUUUUCCCUUCUUCAUUCCUUCCAAAUCCUUCCAUAGACAAACCGUUCAAAAACGUCCCAGCCCUUUUCACCUCGAAGCGGCUUUGAAUCAUCCAGGUUUUCCAACCUUCUCAAAGUCGAAUCUCUUCAUCAAAUCUCGUCUCUCGUCUAUCCUUAGAGGAGAGUUUUUUUUACCGGUUGGCGUAGACGAAUUUAGCUCGUUGAAGGAGACAAAGAAAUGGCGGACUCUGCGACAGAGAUCGAUCUUGACUCGGUCAUUGACAGACUUUUAGAAGUUCGAGGUAACCGACCUGGAAAGCCUGUACAGCUUCAAGAAUACGAAAUCAAGUAUCUUUGCACGAAAGCACGAGAAAUUUUCAUAAAUCAACCUAUUCUGCUGGAGUUGGAGGCACCUAUAAAGAUUUGCGGCGAUAUCCAUGGACAAUAUUACGACCUCCUACGCCUAUUCGAGUAUGGCGGAUUCCCACCAGAGGCAAAUUACCUCUUCCUCGGCGACUACGUAGAUCGAGGGAAGCAGUCACUUGAGACGAUAUGUCUGCUCCUCGCCUACAAGAUCAAGUACCCCGAAAACUUUUUCAUCUUGCGCGGAAACCAUGAAUGUGCAAGUAUUAACAGAAUAUAUGGCUUUUAUGACGAAUGCAAACGCCGGUACAACAUAAAGCUUUGGAAGACCUUCACUGAUUGCUUCAACUGUUUACCUAUUGCUGCGAUCAUUGACGAAAAGAUUUUUACGAUGCAUGGAGGUCUUAGUCCGGAUUUACAGUCGAUGGAACAGAUUCGGAGAGUUAUGCGACCUACAGACGUACCUGAUACGGGGCUGUUGUGUGACCUGCUGUGGUCAGAUCCAGACAAAGAUAUUACUGGGUGGUCGGAAAAUGACAGAGGUGUAUCAUUCACUUUCGGUCCUGACGUGGUGUCACGAUUCCUGCAAAAACAUGACAUGGAUCUGAUUUGCAGAGCACACCAAGUGGUUGAAGACGGUUACGAGUUCUUCGCAAAACGACAUCUGGUGACACUGUUCUCAGCGCCUAAUUAUUGUGGAGAGUUUGAUAAUGCUGGAGCGAUGAUGAGUGUAGAUGAGACACUAUUGUGUUCUUUCCAGAUUCUCAAACCGGCCGAGAAGAAGGCCAAGUAUCCGUAUGGAGGAAUGAACAUGGGAAGACCGGUGACACCGCCACGCAAGCAGAAAAAGAAGGAUGGCAAGGUGUGAUAUAGGCUUUUGAAGGCAUGGUUGAGGUUGGGUCUCGUCGUUCUUACACCACUCGUUUGUUGUUUUAUCCCCACGAACAACCCUCCCUCCAACCCUCGACAAAAGUUAUUCUCGUCAUCGGUGGUAUACCGAGCUCGUUACGCCGUCCACCCUCGUUACGCUCCUUCCACUAUAGGUUAGGUUAAUAUCACUCUUCGCUAUCGAUACGCACAAACUCCGUCAUCCCCAUUACCGGUCCCAUCUUUUGGGCCUCCAGGUUCCCGGCUGUAUAUUAUUUCUUUCUUUACUCCUUUUUUUUUUCCGUCCAAUUCAUAUUCCACAAUAUCUCUCUAUCGAAUCUCUCUCGACCGGAUGGCCUCUAUCCUCUGAGGCGAGUGUCAAAGACUAUUCAGCGAUGUCUGGACAGGGUUCCCUUUUGUUUACUUUCUGUUUUGCUUCGACGGUUGGUCAACUUCGUGAAUAUAGGGUAGAACUUGCUGGGAGAGAACUUGAAUGGCUGAUGGUGUACUACUGAAAAGUGCCUACCUUACUAACUUUUCUUGCCCACCUACCUAUCCUAUAUCCAUUCUGUUUUCCCUUUUAUAAUCAAGCCAUCGGCCAUAGUACUACUUUUUCGUGGUAUUUAUUCCCCUUACACCUUUUUUUUUUCAUUUUCGAUUUUGGCGCUGCAUCCGGUCUCACUUCGUACAUCUGUACGAGUCGAGUAACUCAACUUUUCUUCCCUCAUAUGUCAAACCAACUUUUACCGGGGUGAGAGUAACCCCACGAGUCGGAGGCGC